UUCACUCGGUAGGCCAAUAUGGCGGCGCCCGCUGUUGUUGUAGUCUGCUUCUCGUAGAUCGGGCGUUAGCAAUCGCUGGUCCGUGCAAACGCUGCUGACUCAGCGGAUCUGUGGCAACGGGAGUGGAACGGCCCGCCGUCGUGUCAAGCCAGCCAUGAAGAAGCGAAGUUCAAAACUAAAGACGAGGGAUGCAUCGAGUCGCAUUGACAAGAUGCAUUCGGCACCGCCAGAGGUGCUUGAAGACUUACCGUUGGCGAUCAGUAGCAAGAUCACCAUGUCCGAUGAAGAGCUGGUGCAUCUCUCAGUUCGUGACCUUAAUCGCCAGUUGAAGGCGUCUGGCCUGACCCGGUCCGAGAUUGUCAAAAUGAAGCAGCGGCGGAGGACACUCAAGAAUCGAGGCUAUGCAGCCAGCUGUCGCAACAAACGGCUAGAGCAAAAGGACGACUUGGAAGGUGAACGGUCAGUGGUGAUGCAAGAGAUCACAAGACUUCAGGAAGAAAACAAGACGCUGGAGGGUGAAGUGGACAACUUGCGCUCAAAGUACUCCACCCUGCUGGACUAUGCCCGUAAGCAGGGCGUCCCUUUACCAGAUGACUUGAACACCAACUUCUAGCCGAUGCUACUCAUCUAUCAUCUUCCCUUACGGAGCAUACUCAUUGUACUUGACUUUCACACAUACCAUAACAAGAAUUAUCCAUGCGUCAUGGUAUGAUGCCGCUAUGAUAUCGUCAUAACAUGAUGAUGGUGGUACGAUGUCAGAAAGAUGGCACAGAGGCCUCUGUUGUUAACUAUAUCUAAUAUGUUUCCAUGCGCAAGCUUGCAAAGCUGACCUUCCAUUCUGACAUGGCUAGCUAAUCAAAAAAGUGUCUUGCUGUGUAUUUCACUUCAGUCGUCCUGUGUAGCAGGUUGUGCAGUCAGUGAAAUGUUGGGCCUGCUGCGCAUUUUCUUUUUUUAUCAUUAUUAUUUUACUUAAGGAUAUUGUCUAACGUGAUGUAUCUGUGCUAACCACCAUCGUCUGUGAGAAAGAGGAUUAUUGCAUUUUUUUUUCUUGCAUGUGCAAAACUUUGUGACUGCUUUGGACAUGGUCACACCUUUACAGUUUUAUAGCAGUUCUGCCUUAAUCUGCAUAUUUAAUGCAGUCGAAUGGUUCGUGAACUAUUACGAAAAUGAGUGCGACAGUCAUGCUGUUUGAGAACGUGAUUCACCUGUUGUUCACAGUUGCAUGCUUAUAAAGCAUGCAGUUGUAUUAUUACAUGCUUCAUUUGUUAUUAUACUGCAUACAUUGUUAUUGUUGUACAUAUACUUUAUUUUAGUAUGGUUUUGGGGAGUCAUUGCAUGUUGUUGCUUAUCUAUCUGUCUCAAUAAAAGCUCUUAUACACAA